GGUCCGACGGCCGGACCGGUCCGCUGCCGUCACUCGGAGCGCGUCCCCGAGGCGCGUCCCCCAUGCAGCGCGUGCCCGCGCUCUCUGACUGUGACAGGCCGGAGGGAGAGGAGGACCGAGCGAGGACUGAGCCGAGGGACAGGAUGAGGAGGAUGAGCGGAGACGUGUGAGCGACCUGCGCCUGGAGGGAGGACUGACUCCUCGCCGAGACACCGCGGGUGGAGCUCGAUACACACACAUACAGGCACAGGUCGAGCUGGAACUCGGGGUUCUCGAGCCCGUUCCCACUCCGGCACGCGGACCUGCCCACGGGGCCAGAGAGUGAGCACGCGCGUGGGUCUUCGUCCGUGGGGCAAAGAAAGGAGGAAGAAGGAAAGCGAAGGAAUGUGUGAGAGAGAGAAGUGCGGGCUGUCAGGGGGAGAGACCAGCUGAGACCCCCGGAGAGCCGCGCGAGCGGGAAACGGAUCCGAAGAGAUACAAUGUAUCGGUCGGCGCGACAUUGUGACGCGCGCGGGAAACGGGACUGAGCAACUUCGAGCGUCUCUGCUGAAUAUUCACGCCGCGCGCGUCUCUCUCUCUCUGUGUGUGUGUGUAUGAGAGAGAGAGAGAGAGAGAGAGAGAGAAAGAGAAAGAGAGACACCUUUGCGAAGCACCUCGAUGGGAUGACGGCGCUUCUUUCCAAAAUGUGACCGAUCUGCAGACUCUCCGUGCAGACACCCUGUUAAUUUGCGCGUUCUGGCGGCUCCCCCGGGGGGUCUCAUCGUCGGGACGCACGUGUCGCUGAUCCAAUAGCAGGGCUGCGCAGGGGAGGGACUCGACCCCACAGCAAACAAGGCACGUCGUCUGCCUUGUUCUUGAGGAUGACACAUCGGUGCUCCCGGGGGUAUUUCUCCAGGCUCUAGGGGACACGUCUGGAUUUCUCAGUCCAUCCCGUUACCUGUUAAGAGCCCCGCCUUCGGGCACAGCGCUCCCUGGUAGUUUACCCCGGUUACCCCCGGCCACGAUGAUGACCAGCGGUCCCACCAUUGUGUACGAAUGGCUGAAAACGCUGCAGCUGUGCCACUAUGUGGAGGCCUUCGUGGACAACGGCUACGACGACCUGGAGGUGUGCAAGCAGAUCGGGGACCCCGACCUGGACGCCAUCGGGGUCUUCAUCCCCCACCACCGGCAGAGGAUCCACGAGGCCGUGCGCAGGCUGAGGGAGGAGGACAAGGAGAGCGCCUCCGGGCUGUACUUCACCCUGGAGCCCAUGCCCCUGAGCUCGCAGGUCUACACCAGCCACAUGGUGGAGCAGUACGAGGGCAAGCUGCGGGGAUCCAAGUCGUGGGCCGAGCCGGGCGGCGUGCGGGAGCCCGGGGGCCAGAGCCACCAGGGAGUCGGUCGGAACGUCGCCCUCGGCCAUCGCGAGGAACUCGCGGUUUACCCCAAGCUGAAGCUGAAGAUCAUGAUCAGGGAUAAGCUCAUCAGAGAUGGAAUUAACCUGAGCAAGGCGCCCUACUCAAACAAGGACGGCUCCCUGGGGACCAUUGAUGACCUGGCGCAGCAAUACGCCGAAUACUACAACACCUGCUUCAGCGACGUGUGUGACAGGAUGGAGGAGCUACGCAGGCGACACGUCUCCCAGGAGAUGGACAUGGAGAAGACAGAAGGCGUCCCCUCUUCACUCCAGCUACGCUCAGAGAUCCAGGAGUCACUGGGACUCAGCAGCACGGUGUCGACCCCGGAGAGCGAGAGAAAGCUGUCCCUGUCCAUGCACAAGUCCAGCUCAGAAGAUGGCUCAGGAGGGAAGUGGGACGGUAAGAAGAAGAACAAGUCCUUCUGGCAGAAUUUCCGCAAGUCGCAGAAAGGCAUCGCGCGCCAGACGUCCAAAGGGGAGGACGUCGGCUACAUCGCCAGCGAGAUCACCAUGAGUGAUGAGGAACGCAUUCAGCUGAUGAUGAUGGUGAAGGAGAAGAUGAUCACAGUGGAGGAAGCUCUGGCCCGGCUGAAGGAGUAUGAGGCCCAGAGCAGACAAUGCGCCGGUACAGGCAGUACAGAGUGGACGGACGGCUCGAGUCCCGCUGUAAACGAGUCGUCCAACUGCAACUCACGGGAGCAGUCGGACGAGGAGGCCGAGGAUUCGCUCAAGUUCAGGAGGCUUCACAAGUUGGUCAGCUCCACCCGCCGGGUUCGCAAGAAGCUCAUAAAGGUGGAGGAGGGGCGGAGGCCGGGUUCUGAAGAUGCGCUCGGGUUCGAGGCCUCCCCGACGUGCGAGGACAAGGCAGCUCUCUAUGCUGGCGUCAAGAAACCCAGCGUCCCCCAGGACCAGUCUCUAUCCAGCCUAUUCCAGGAGCAGCUCUUUCUGGAUGGGGACACGGACAGCCUCACCACGUCGCCCUCAUCCAGCAGCCUGGACACGUGGAGCGGACACAGGCUGGUGAAGGCGGUGGGACGCACGGGCAGCAGCCAAGGCCUCGUGCAUCAGGGACGCAAACCUGGAGGGCAAGGGGCGGGUGUCGGCGGCAGCGGAUCGUCGUUCUCGGAAGCAGAGGGUGGCGGUGAGGAUGACCCCCGGGUGACGCGCUCCAUGACGGACGGCGAGAUGCGGAGAGCGCUCUCCUCGCUCAGCCACGGGGUGAGUAGCGAGAGCGUGCGUGGCGUGUGCAGCCCCGGUGUGUCCCGGGCGUGGCCCCGCUUCCUUGUGUCCUUAGAGGACGGGCAGGGUGGCCGCAGGGCAGCGCGGCCCAGAAGGACGCCGGACCCCAACUACUCGUACUCGACCAAACACCUGCUCCAUCAGCGGUCGCGGUCCAAGCCUUCGCCAACGCCGUCCCCGCCGGGGCGCUGCGAUGCGCCACUCCAACGGGACAAAGCAAGGGGCGGCGGUUGGGCGUUCCCCCCGCGGCGGCUGCGCGGCCGUACUGCCGUCAGUGAGUUCAACAUCACCUACGUGGUGGAGCGCAGCCUUCAUGGCCACCUCAGCUGGUCGCAGCUGGUCCGACCCGUGGCGGACCGCACCCUGGGAAGGGCCGAGCGCCACGACCUGCGGCGUCGCCUGCUGGACGAGGACGGCGAGUCGGACAGGAAGUGGGCGGCCAGCGUCGACCGCUGUACCAAGCGUGUUCUGUUGCGCAUUCAGCAGAAGUCUAGAACCUGCAGUUUCGGGGGAUUCGACUUGUCUAACCGCACUCUCCACGUCGUCAGUACUGCUGGAGAAACAGCCGGUAAGGAGCAGGAGCCGAUAUACAGGGAUGUGGUGAAGUCUCCCUCCACCUCUCGCAUCUCCCUGGGCAAGAAGGUGAAGUCUGUGAAGGAGACCAUGAAGAAGAGGAUCUCCAAGAAGUACAGCAGCUCCGUGUCUGAGCAGUCGAGUCCUGACGUGACCCCCAGCUCUCCGCAGUCCCCCCAGCCAGACACGGACUCCCUGGAGAAACCACCCAAGCUGAAGGCCGGAGGGUCUGUGGAGAGCCUCCGCAGUUCCUUGAGUGGCCAGAGCUCCAUGAGCGGUCAGACGGUGAGCACCACGGACUCGUCGGCGAGUAACCGGGAGAGCGUCAAGUCAGAAGACGGCGAUGAGGAGGAGCCGCCGUACAGGGGUCCCUUCUGCGGCCGUGCCCGAGUGCACACAGACUUUACCCCGAGCCCCUACGACACGGACUCCCUGAAGCUCAAGCGAGGGGAUGUGAUCGACAUCAUCAGUAAGCCCCCCAUGGGCACCUGGAUGGGUCUCCUCAACAACAAGGUGGGCACGUUCAAGUUCAUCUACGUGGACGUGCUGAAUGAAGAGGAGGAGAAGCCCAAGAGGCCCGUGAGGAGGAGGAAAAAGGGCCGACCGCCCAAGCCCAGCUCCGUGGAGGAGCUUCUGGAGCGCGUCAACCUCAAGGAGCACAUGCCCACCUUCCUGUUCAAUGGCUACGAGGACCUGGACACGUUCAAGCUGCUGGAGGAGGAGGACCUGGACGAGCUGAACAUCCGGGACCCGCAGCACCGGGCUGUGCUGCUCACGGCCGUGGAGCUGCUGCAGGAGUAUGACAGCAGUAGCGAUCCGGAGCGCGGUGGCCACACCGGCUCCCAGGAACUGCUGCUGUCGGAGGAGCGGACGGCGUCGGGAGAGUCCCCGCGAGACUCGGGGUGCUAUGAGAGCAGCGAGAACCUGCAGCAUGGGAAGGCCCGCAAGGAAUCCGUCUCCUGCAGGUCAUCGGGGGGCUCCGAGUCCGGCCAACCCCCGUCUCCGAAUUUCCCGACCCUGCCCAUGACCCGCUCCACGGAGGCCCUGCAGCAGACCAGGAGGGAGCGCUGUGCUGCUCGGCCCUUUUCCCUCAAGCUCUCCCUCAAGGGUUUGAGGAGGCGCUCGGCCCGGGUGCACAUGAACCCCAGCCGCAGCUGCGAGGGCCUGGAUGACGAGGCGAUGCCCCCCGCCCCUGCCCAGCAGCCCUGGAAGCGUUCCCACUCUCUGGGGGACCUGCAGUGGGAACAGGCCUUCGACAGGAAGAAGCUCCCUGAGCUGCCCGCCGCCCCUGAACCACACCCGCUGCCACCGUCCGGUCUGGGUCAGGAUGGAGGUGGGGGAGGACCCCACCUGUCAGAACUGUCCUCUCCAGCUGGCACACCCUGUGAGCCCCAGCCCCGAGAAUCCAGUGAGACGGACAGUGGGGGGGCCACACGGACUCAGGUGAAGAAGUCGCCUGUGCCCCCCCCAGUGCCUGUCAAAAAGUGUAGGGAACGUCUCCCCAAUGGGCUGUGCCACCCGAUGUUGCUGUCGCACCCCGACAAGACCCAGCCCGGCCCUGCUGACUCCGCCCCGCCGGCCACGCCCAGCCCCCCCUCCCCAGGGGAGCCGAGCUCCCCGCCGGCGGCGCCCCCGCCCUGGCUCUCCGACCUCCCCGGGAGGAAGGUGUCGCACAGCAAGACCGUCGACCUGGAGUCCUUGUUGGAGCAGAGACUGGAGUCUGAGGGCAUCGACCUGACGGAGGAGCCGUACUCAGACAAGCACGGCCGCUCGGGAGUCCCGCAAGCCCUGGUUCAGCGAUACGCCAAGGAGUUGGGGCAGCCCGCUGACGAAGUGGCAUCCGCCAUGGACCGGGUUCGAGUGAGGGAGCUCCGGCGACAGCACCGAAUGGCUAUCCCGUGUGGCGGCCUGGCUGAUCUAAGCCGCAAGUCCUCCCUGCCGGGGGGCGUGGUCCCCGUGGCGGACUGGCUGGUGUCCGUGGGGCUGCCCAUGUACGUCGGACCCCUGAGCGCCGCGGGCCUGGACUCCGUGGCCAGCGUCUCCGCCCUCACGGAGCAGUCGCUGCAGGAGGUGGGGGUUUGGGACGAGAGCCACGCCCACUGGCUGCUGGAGGAGGCCCGCAGGGCGCAGCUUUCGUAGCGCAGACGGCGGCACGGCCGCGACGCGAACGCACAUCCUGCGGUCGGCAGAGCCGUCGCAAAGGAUCGUCCGGCUGCGUCACCUGCGCGAAAGACCCCGACACGGGUGCCGUCGGCAAUGGCGCCGCAACCUUUCACGCAAUUCUCCUCCGCCGUCUUACUUCCUCCUUGCUCCCCGCUUCCACACUUUCGGAUGUUUGCGAUGAGACUGAAGAGACUCUCAGGGGGCGGCGCCGGAACGGGAAGCUGCCUUUGGAGCCGCAGCGCGCUUUUAUACCGUAAAGAAACAUAAAAAACUGUCCUCUAAAAUUUAAGUGCUUGAUUUCGUCUCUUUUUUUAAGACAGCAGAAGGAGCCCCCCGCACCUCGACCGCAGCGGCUUUUACCGACCACGGUCGGCCUUCUACGCCGAUUGUGAUUCCAGCUCAUGUAGAGUGUAGUGACUGAGCAUCAUGGGAUGACCUGGAUCCAGUUGAGAUCGUGUCUGAGGACAUUCCGGCGGCUCUGCUGGAAGGACGACGUCCCUUUCGGAACCUCUUGUUCCACGGCUGAACUCGGCCCUUCAGCGUUCGGGCCUUUUAAGCCACGCCUCCUCGAUCGGUGCCAAGACGGAGUUGUCCCGUAUCUCGGUGCGUUAAGCGGAUGAUGUUGCGUUGCCUUACGAGUUUGACACAUCUGGAGCUCUUCUUCACGUGCUCCCGCAUUGACGGUGUUUUCAUCCCAACGAACGUCGCUCGGCUCGCAGGGUCGUGAUUUUUCCAACUUCUCGCGUUCCGGCUCCAACAAACGUAAAGAAAACGGUAGCAGCGCGAGUCGUAUUUCGACAGCGGUCCUUUUGGACUCGGUUUCUUUCAGCCAAGCACAGGUCCACAACCAAGCACAAGGGGCACAGUGAUGUCACUCAAUAAUUCAAUAUACAGCAUAAACUUGAUAUGAAUAUGUAUAUGUAUGUGUUUGAUCUUCAUCAUUAUAAAAUCCAUGUUUACAUAUGUGUGCGAACUUGAAAUAUGCAGUAUGGUUUAACGGGCACGAUGAUGCCGGCAGGUUUAUCGUCCCAGUUAUCGAGGUGCAGGAUAAUUAGGAGGACAGUGCCUCUCAUUGGCCCGGCUGGGGUCUGCACCCUCCGGGAGCUCCGAACAGUUGGGAUCCACGUCCGCUCUGCCAAGGAGCUUCCGCAAUCAGGGACUCGUCGCUUUCCGCCAGCCGAGGUCGAGAUGCGGCCGGGUCCGGGUCCCGCCACGUUUCGCCGAUCCGAUCUUCGUUCGUUCCGGAAAGACCCAGAAGGGUCAGCAUUCUGCGGCCUGCGUAAAGAUUGACCAAGGCAGGUCAACGGCAGAGGUCCCGAUGAGCCUCGUGUCAGUCUGUCGGUGACGCGGACCCCCUGAUUCAGGAACCCUGCUCAAGUGUUUUAGCCACACUUUAUGAACCUGCCGCCUAGGAGACGGCCGUAUACAAGAAUAAAUGGGCAGUCAUUGCACCAGUUCAUCAGGGUUACACUUCCUUUCAGAACAUCUCCUAAAUCCAUACACGUUUUGUACAUCCUGCAGUCGUGUUCAGAUCUGACAGCACAAGGUGUUUUUUAAAGAUGCUUUUACAGUAGUACGUUAACAGCUCCAGCUCGAUGCCUUCAGGUUUAUACUGGUGCUCCGGAGAGGAGGAACGCUUCCAUUUUUUUUUUAACAAAGGUCACUGCUGAAAGCACUUUAAAUCUGAAUCGCUUUUUAAAAACUCUUCCUUAAGUCAAUAAAUUAAAAAACAGUGUUUAUACUGGAGGAAAAAAAUUAGUUCACCGUGAUAUUCAGACUAUCGAAGCAGAGAUGGACAGUUUGUCAGACUGAUUGUACAAUUCCCAAACAUGCCAAGUUACCCGUGUACAUUUGUAAUGCGAUGAGUCCUUAACUGAUUUGUGUGCCCCUUCAUUACUUCCAAUUGUUUCUUUUUUUUUUUGCAUUGUCUGAAACAUAAUUAAAUAUAUGAAAUGACUAACAAAUGUUGCACAUUCUGUGUAAUUGAUAUUUAAAUAACUUAUUUUCCUUUUUUGCUUUUCAUAUCAAAUGUAAUUAUUAACUGUACUAUACAAAUAGCAAUACCUUCUUACUUAUUGCUUUAGCCAGUGGAAAGCUAUGGUAUGUAUGUAUAAUAUACGUGUACAAAUUAUUUUAUGCAGUUCCGGCUAGCUAAUGAUUGUCUAUAAAGAUAUGCCUGUGUAUUGAAGCAUAAAAUGUCUAGAACUAUUUGUCCUUCUGAAAUAUAAUUAAAAAAAAAUUCUUGG